UUCACUCACGCACACUAAACCGCUGUCGUUUUGGGUUUUAAUCUUUUAAUUUUCGACACUCUCAUGUUUGUUUUUAUUUUCAAAAAUCAUAUUUGAAAGAAUUAAUGUUUCUAAAAAACGAUCCUUAACCAAAGUUUUCACAAAAUCAUUCUUUUAACAACUUGAGAAUUUAAUUCUCCCGUACUAAAGUAGCGGUUUUACUGCAUAAAAGAUACUCAAUUUUUAUAAGCAGUUUCUGUUUUUUAAACACUUCUCAAAGGAAGUGCUUUAUGAAAAAAGAGAGAGGGUAUUUUAAGGAAAACACAAAAUUGUGUGGGAAGUGCAAACAUAGUACUUGAAUCUGUUGAAUCUGUUGUAGUUGAGUGGUUGUAUUUGUUGGUGAUGGGAAAGGUACGAUGUGGUCUCUGGGCACUUCCAAAGGGAUUGUAGAAAUUGGCAAGUUGGGUGUGUAUGUGACUGCCAAUCAUUCUUAGGUACACUUUCGCCGACAAUCCGCGCAACCUCAGCAAAGCAAGUUCAUGCGAAAUUCUUCACUUUUUGGAAUGCGAGAUUCAAAAUCGAAUUGGGUGUUCUCCCAAACAUUCCUCAUUCUCGCUUUUACUGCCACUCUCUGCACCUGUUGGCGUGCUUGCAAGUCCUAUUUGAAGUGAUUGGUGGGGGAAGAUCGAAGUUUUGCUUUGAGAUAAUUGACAUUGAUUUUGUGAAUAAUACAUGGCAAACAGCAAAUAUGAGUAUGUCAAGUGUUUUGAAGUUGAAGACGAGGUCAUGUUUCCCAAUAUCAUCCUUGUUUGGAUAAAUGCCUGUAGCCUUCACAAACCUUAUGAUCUAAACGCAUUGAAGCUGAUGAACUCUUGUGCCGUUGAAAUUCUUGAAGAGUAUGCAGAUGUAGUCCUUGCAUAUGGAUUUAGCAAUGAGUAUACCUUUGUAUUGAAGAAGACCUCCAAGUUUUACGAAAGGCGUGCUAGCAAAGUGUUAUCCAUCAUUACUUCUUUUUUCUCCUCUGUCUUUCUGAGAAAAUGGGGUGAAUUCUUUCCGCACAAGGAACUGCAAAGUCCUCCUUCCUUCCACGGGCGAGUCAUACCUUGUGCGUCCAUAGAAGCCCUUCAAGCGUAUCUUUUGUGGCGGCAGAAUAUUUGUCAUUUGAGUAAUCAACAUGAGCAAUGCCUUUGGCGUCUUGUUGAACGUGGAAUGAAUGAGAAGGAAGCAUGGGAUUUUAUCAAGGGUUUUGACAAAAGUGAGCUAAACAAUCUUUUAUUCGAUGAGUUCAAUGUCAAUUACAAUACACUGGAGCCAAUAUUCCGACAAGGUUCUUGUGUUCUAAAGACAGUGGUAGAGGAUGUUGUGAAAUACACAGAUAACGGUGCUCCAAUUAAAAGGCACAGACGGAAGAUAAUCACUGUGCAUUCCAAGAAAAUAGCGGGUAAGAGAUUUUGGAAUGAGCAUACCGUUCUUUUGAAGGAACUUGGUGGUUUUAUCGAAGAGAUUAACAAUGUGACUCCAGAGUAUGUGAGAUCCUUUGAGUUUGAUAGCAAAUUGAUGCCGUCUACAUGGAUUGUAGUUCGAAUAGAUGGAUGCCACUUCCACAGAUUUUCUGAGGUACAUGAAUUUGUGAAGCCAAAUGAUGAUAGAGCCCUUAACCUGAUGAAUUUGUGUGCAGUUGCUGUCUUAGAAAAGUUUUGGGAGGAUAUAGUCUUUGCCUAUGGGGUUAGUGAUGAGUACAGUUUUAUUAUUAAGAAAACCAGUAAUCUUUACCAAAGGAGAGCUAAUAAAAUGGUUUCAGCAAUUGUGUCUUUCUUCACAUCCACUUAUGUGAUGAGAUGGAAUGAGUUCUUCCCACAGAGAGAGUUAAAAUACCCUCCUUCCUUUGAUGGGAGAGCAGUGUGCUAUCCAUCUACUGAGAUUCUGAGGGACUACCUUUCAUGGAGACAGGUGGAUUGCCACAUCAACAAUCAAUAUAACUCUUGUUUCUGGAAGCUGGUUGCAUCUGGAAAAAGCAAAAGGGAAGCCCAGAAUAGUUUAAAGGGUGGUCAGUUGCAAAAGAAAAUUGAAGAAUUGGCUAUUGACUACAAUAAAUUACCAGUCAUGUUCCGACAAGGAUCCUCAGUUUAUAGGGACAAAGUAGACACUGUUCUAACUCACGAGGAGAAUGGUAACUCUUUUGAAAGUAAAGGAAAGGUCAUUGUAGAACAUGUUGACAUUAUUGGACCAACCUUUUGGUUGGAACACUUAAACGUCCUUGAUGAAUAGCUGUAUAUGUUGUCAUUGAGUCUCCAACUUAAAUUUUUACUUUUUAUUGUAGCUGGAAAUUUUUACUGGUUUGGUUUCACGUUCUA